AUGGCCCCCUCAAUAGACAAACCAGUAGCGGCCUCCCCCAUUGACAAGCCAGUGGCUCUCGUGAUCGGUGCUUCUCGCGGAAUAGGACGCCAAAUAGCCAUUGACCUGGCCAAGAAAGGAUACGCGGUAGUCGUCUCCGCAAAAUCCACCACCGAUCCCUCCGCCCUCGCGUCCCUCUCCCCUUUCCCGCCGGACCCCAACUCCGCCCUCUCCACCAUCACCACCGUCGCCCACGAGAUCACCACUCUCCACUCGGGCACUGCCCUCGCCAUCCCCUGCGACACCAGCGACCCCACCGGCUCAUCCCUCAAGAUCCUCAUCGCCUCCACCAUCAAAGCCUACGGCCACCUCGACGUCCUCAUCUACAACUCGGGCGCAAUCUGGUGGUCCUCCGUCUCCUCGACUCCGCUCAAGCGGUACCAGCUCAUGCAGCGCGUCAACGCCGACGGGCUCUACGCAGCUAUUCAGUUCGCCUUACCGUAUCUGCACGAGUCUACCUAUGGUGGGCGAAUCGUGGUAGUCUGUCCGCCCAUCUACUCCCGGUUUUUCCGGGGCAAGACGGCCUACGCCAUGGGCAAAGUCGCCAUGUCCGUGCUCGUCAAGGGGUUGGCCAUGGAUUUUGAGCGCGAGAGCGUGAAGGGCAUGGCGGUGAGUGGGAUCUGGCCGGCUGUGGCGAUUGAGAGCGCUGCUACUGCCAACAAACAGGAAGAAAAACAUUCGGAGUUGCGGGGGGAUUUGAGACAUGCGACGAUCUUUUCGGAUGCGAUUUUGGGGGUCUUGGAGAGCCCCGCGGAAAAGGUGAAUGGGAAGUUAUUGCUGGAUGAGGAUUUCCUCAGGGAGCAGUGGGGGGUGAAGGAUUUUGAAAAGUAUAGUGUUGUGAAGGGUAGUAGGCCGAGACGGAUCAUGCCCAGAGUGUUGCCGGAUUUGACGGUGGAGGAACAAGAUGAUGAGGGGGCUAGGUAUGAUAGUGCGAAGGAGAGAAAGAAGAAGAAGGGUUCGAAGCUUUAGGUCUGGGGGUUGCUGGAUGAGAGCCAAGUGGUUACCUAUGAUGGUUGUUUGAACUUUGUGAAUUUGGUGUACUGGUAACGACUUUUUUUGGAUACUGAUGAUAUAAAGAAGAUUUCA